AUGGAAAACUUCACGUACAACAGUCUCACUCUUCAGCUUGAGGGGUUAAAGGUCACCAAGACUAACAAGUACCCUGUCUUCUUAUUCCUGCUCUUGGCCUACGUGUUCAUCCUAACUACCAACGUGGGCAUUCUGGUCUUGAUCUGGAAGGAGAGAAGCCUCCACCAACCCAUGUACCUCCUCUUCUGCAACCUCUCAGUAAACGAUGUCAUGGGAAACUCUCUGCUGGUUCCGCGGGUGCUCGCCGACAUCCUGGUGCCUCCGUCAGAGCGCCUCAUUCACUACUACGAGUGUCUGAUACAAGCCUUCACCACACACAUGUUCGGCACCAACGCUCACACUGUGCUCAUGAUCAUGGCGUUUGACAGAUACGUGGCCAUCUGUAACCCUCUGCGCUACCCCACUGUGAUGACCAACAGGAUGGUGAUCAAGCUGACCGUGUCUGCCUGGGGAGUGGCUUUUGUUUUGGUGGGGAUUCUGCUGGGUCUGACCGUACGGCUGAACCGAUGCAGGACUCUGAUCACAAAUCCUUACUGUGACAACGCCUCUUUAUUCAAACUCUCCUGUGAAAACGCGUUCAUCAAUAACGUCUACGGCAUCACCUUCACUGUCGUCCUGCUCUCGUCCUCCAUCGGCAGCAUAGUCCUCACUUAUUUUAAAAUCACAGCAGCUUGUCUGAUGAGUAACAGCAAGUCUUUAAACGGUAAGGCCCUGAAGACCUGCAGCACUCAUCUGUGCCUGUAUCUGAUCAUGCUGAUCAGCGGGUUCAUCCUCAUCAUCCUCCAUCGCUUCCCUCAGUACGCAGAGUACAGAAAGAUUUCAGCCAUUCUCUUCAACGUUGUUCCCGGCAGCCUCAACCCCGUCAUCUACGGGCUGCAGUCCCAGGAAAUACACAAGUGUUUGUCAAAUAUGUUCCACCUGGGAAAAGUUACACCAUUUUAA